AAUAAAAAAGAAAAAAAAAAGAUAUGACUAAAACUGUACAAGCGCCACUACCUAAAGUAUUGACUAUUGCUGGUAGUGACAGUGGAGGUGGUGCUGGUAUCCAAGCAGAUAUCAAGACAUUAACUUCACUUCACGUCUAUGCAACUUCAGUCGUUACCUCUUUGACUUCACAAAAUACAUUGGGUGUGGAUGAUAUCCAUGAUGUGCCUGCUGAAUUUGUUCAGAAACAAAUCAUAUCUGUAUUAAAGGACAUUGGCUCGGAUGCUAUCAAGAUUGGUAUGCUUUCUUCUUCUGCCAUCAUCAAAUCUGUCGCAGACACACUCAAGGAGUUUCCUCAAUAUGCGCGUCAGAUUGUUGUGGAUCCAGUGAUGAUAUCUACCAGUGGAUCUCGUCUGUUAGCUGUAGAUGCUCUUCAUACACUUGUGAAGGAAUUAUUCCCUAUCAGUUAUGUGCUAACACCUAAUGUACCUGAGGCAGAACUCUUGCUUGAUCUUGCACCAGGAUCCAUUAAGUGUUUAAAAGACAUGAGAGAUGCUGCUCAGCAAUUAACUCUAUUCGGUCCCAAGUUUGUAUUACUAAAAGGAGGACAUUUACCACUCUCCAAAGACGGUAAAGAACAAGUGGUGGAUGUGUUGUAUGAUGGCAAAAAAACAAUGUGGUAUGAAAUCAUCAAUGAUUAUGUCGAUACAAAAAACACGCAUGGUACUGGGUGUACACUCUCUGCUGCUUUGGCUGGUGAGUUGGCUAAAGGCGAGAAUGUGUUAAAUGCCUGUAAGAAUGCUAUUCACUAUGUAAAGACAGCCAUUGCUCAGUCUUUGGUGGGUAUUGGUAAUGGUAAUGGUCCCAUUAACCAUUUUCAUCCUUUGAGAUGGUCUCCUUAUCAAGGAAAAACCUUUAUCCAGGCUGUUAAAGAAUCACUGCCCACAGGUUUAUGGUCUGAUUUUAUUGAUCACCCCUUUGUUCGUGGUAUUGCUGAUGGUACUUUACCCACUGAAUCUUUCACCUAUUAUCUCAAACAAGAUUAUCUCUAUUUACAGCAUUACGCCAGAGCUGCAGCAUUAGCCGCCUACAAAUCCGACACAAUGAACACCGUUGGUGCCAAUGCUUCUAUUGUACUUCAUAUCACCAAGGAGUCACAACUUCAUUUAGAGUAUUGUGCUCGAUGGGGUAUUACAAAAGAAGAUGUCCUAAGCACACCUGAAAGUGUUUUCAAUUCUGCUUAUAGUCGAUAUGUACUCGAUAAGGGCCAAUCAGGCGAUCUGCUUGAUUUGAAGAUCUCUAUGGCACCUUGCUUGCUUGGUUAUGGUGAAAUUGGGCUCAAGUUGUUUAAUGAUCCUGCUACCAAAAGAGACGGCAACCCUUAUUGGGAUUGGAUUUGUCAAUAUGCUGCUGAUGACUUUCAAGAGGCUGUUCAUGUUGGCAUGCAGGAAUUAGAAGUCUUGGCUGAGACUUAUGUUUCUACUUCAGAAGCUCGUUUUAGAGAUGUAUGCAAAACCUUUGAACAAGCAACUCGACUUGAAGUCAUGUUCUGGGAAAUGGGCCUUCGUCUUUGCUAA